AUGGAAUGGCGAAGCGACUCCUCGGCAUUUGAGCACGUUUUCAUCGGUGAAGCAAAAAACACAAUGGUCAUCGGAUUCCAUAACUGGAUCACAUUUUGCACUAAGGAACACAACAAGGAGGUCAAUUAUUUCGGCCACGCCACCCCGAAACGUUGGGAUCCUGAAUUCAAACGAGCUCUUCGUUUCUCACUGUACAACUCCUUCAGGAAGCCCUUCGGUACAAUUGUCUUUGGUUCGUCAAUAGAAUUUGAAAUCGGCCUUUACACGACAGCCUUCCUAAGGUCACGUAGCCUCUUCAAAGGUAGCACAAGUUGGCCAGCCAUCUCCCUUAACUUGGGCCCCACGAACAUCCUCAUCCAGUGCCACCCGCACUACGGCAACCACAUGGGAUCGUGCUACGUCAAAUGA